GGACCAAUCAGCGAUCGCCAACGAAACACGACAGGGAGGUCACUAACACUGUCAAAGUACAAGAGAUCUUUCCGAAACUUUGCAUCGGCAAGACGUCGAUUUAAUUCAUCAACUUCUUCGACACCGAGGCGGAAAAUCAUGAACUGCCGGUUGUUGCUGGUUUGUCUGUGUGCCCUUGUGGCGGUGGCGUUUGCCGGUGAAGCCGACGUGCUAGACCUGACCGAUAGCGAUUUUUCGACCCGUGUUGGCGAAACAGAAACCACUCUGGUGAUGUUCUACGCGCCAUGGUGUGGACACUGCAAAAAACUUAAGCCCGAAUAUGCCAAGGCUGCCGAGUUGCUGCGUGGUGAGGAUCCUCCGAUCGCACUCGCCAAGGUUGACUGUACCGAGGGUGGUAAGGACACCUGUAACAAGUUCAGCGUCAGCGGCUAUCCCACACUGAAGGUGUUCCGCAAUGGAGAGGUAUCGCAGGAGUACAACGGACCCCGCGAGGCAACCGGUAUUGCUAAGUACAUGAAAUCGAUCGUUGGCCCAGCAUCGAAGGAUCUGCUGACGGUGGAAGCGUUCGAAGCGUUCCUAAAGGUGCAGGAAACUUCCGUCGUUGGUUUCUUCGAGAAGGAGUCGGAUCUGAAGGGUGUCUUCCUGAAGUAUGCCGACAGUCAGCGGGAGCGACUACGGUUUGGCCACAGCAGCGCGCCGAAAGUGUUGGAAAAGCAGGGUGCUACCGAUGCCGUGUAUCUGUUCCGUGCCCGUCAGCUGGCGAACAAGUUUGAACCAGAUUUCGUCAAGUUUGAAGGAACCACCAAACAGGAGCUGGCCGACUUUGUAAAGGUCAACUACCACGGUUUGGCUGGUGUGCGUACGCGUGACACUACGAGCGACUUCAAGAACCCGCUGGUGGUCGUGUACUACGCGGUCGAUUACGUGAAGAACCCGAAGGGCACAAACUACUGGCGUAACCGUGUGCUGAAGGUGGCGAAGGAGUUUGCGGGACGUGUUAACUUUGCCGUGAGCGCCAAGGACGAUUUCCAGCACGAGCUGAACGAGUUCGGAUACGAUUAUACCGGCGAUAAGCCCCUGGUGUUGGCCCGUGACGCCAAGAACCAGAAGUUCAUCAUGAAGGAUGAGUUUUCGGUAGACAAUCUGCAGGCUUUCGCGGCGGAGCUGGAGGAAGGAUCGCUUGAACCGUACGUCAAAUCGGAACCGGUACCAGAAAACAACGACGGCCCGGUAAAGGUUGCCGUGGCAAAGAACUUUGACGACGUGGUCGUUAACAACGGUGUUGACACGCUUGUAGAGUUCUACGCGCCGUGGUGUGGACACUGCAAGAAGCUCGCCCCGACGCUAGAGGAGCUCGGCACCAAGCUGAAGGAUGAGGCCGUCUCGAUUGUGAAAAUGGAUGCCACCGCUAACGAUGUGCCAUCCCACUUUGAGGUCCGUGGCUUCCCUACGCUGUACUGGUUGCCCAAGGACGCCAAGACCAGCCCGACCCGUUACGAGGGUGGCCGCGAGGUCGAUGACUUCGUGAAGUACAUUGCCAAGCAUGCGACGAGUGAGCUGAAGAGCUUCGAUCGUGCCGGCAACGCGAAGAAGACAGAACUGUAAUCUCCUAGCCUACUCCCCACGUUUCUUUCUCCGUUCCGCAUCUGCA